UCCGCUAAUACUCAGCGUGGAUAUAUUACAUUUUCAGUAAACAUUUCUUCUUCUUUUUUUUUUCUCCAUCUAAACGCAUCACGAUGUGACGUUAUGCCAACGUGCUUAUUUUUAAUCCGUGCGCAUCUAUUGAGAGAGAGAGAGAGAGAGAGAGAGAGAGAGAGAGAGAGAGAGAGAGAAAAACUAACACGCCAAGAUUGGCUUUUCGGGAGGGAUGAUUAGCUGCUUCUUUUCUCCGGAUAAACAAUUAUAAUUAUUUGUAAGCGUGUCUUUAACAUGCACUGUAAGGUCUGCGGUCUGGAUACGUGUCGAGACAUAUCCAGAUGAUGAAAGCAGAGGGCAGCUAUUUUCUUCAUGUGGCAGAGAUGGAUGUGAAAACAGCCUCAUCAGCGAUGGAAGCCUUGGCUCGGAUCAGCUCCAACAUGAAGAGCCUGGAGCACGAGUUGCAUUGUCCUGUGUGUAAGGAGAUCGUCAAGCAGCCCGUGGUUCUGCCAUGCCAGCACAGCGUCUGCCUGAUGUGUGCCUCAGAGGUCCUGGUGGCCAAUGGCUACCCACCCCCAGAGCUCCCCCCGGAGCCCAACUCUCCGGCCUCCACGCCCAACUCUCGCUCUCCUCGUCAAGCACGCCGGCCCACUCCCAAACACGAGCAGCGGCCCAUUGACCGAGUGCUGCGAUCAGGCCCCCAUCCGCCUUCACCAUCCAUGCCUCGCUCUCCCGGACACGGGACGUAUCCAGGGCGACGGCGUAAGGAGGGUCCUCCUCUGGUGAUGAUGUUCCCCUGCGUCCCCUGCGGCCGGGAUGUUGAGCUGGGCGAGAAGGGCCUGACUGACUGUCUCCGCAACCUCACAUUGGAGCGCAUUGUGGAGAGGUACAGACACACGGUGAGCCUGGGCAGUGUCGCCGUGAUGUGCCAGUUCUGUAAGCCUCCUCAAACUCUGGAGGCCACCAAGGGCUGCGCUGACUGCCGGUCAAAUUUCUGCAACGAGUGUUUCAAGCUGUAUCACCCAUGGGGAACGCCCCGAGCACAACACGAACACAUCCAGCCGACACUCAACUUCAGACCAAAGGUUCUGACCUGCACGGAGCACGACCAGGAGAAGCUGCAGUUUUACUGCAGGUCCUGCCAGCGGCUGCUCUGCCCGCUCUGCAAACUGCGGCGCAUCCACACUGGACACAAAAUCCUCCCGGUGGCACAAGCUUACCAAGCUCUUAAGGAGAAGAUAACGAAAGAGAUGAACUUCAUCCUGUCCAGCCAGGACACAGUUCUGGCUCAGAUCACCCAGCUGGAGAGCGCCAUCACUCAGACUGAGGUGAACAGCGUGUCGGCCAGAGAGCAGCUGGCCCAGAGCAUCAGAGACCUGACGGCCGCUCUCGCCGAGCGUCACGCCUCGCUCACCCAGGCCCUGGAGGCGGCGCGGCAGAAACGCGGCGAGGCGCUUUCUGCGCAGGUGGCGGAGAGACGCGGCUUGAUGGAACAUGCGGGGCUCAUGGCUUUCACCCAGGAGCUGCUGAAAGAGACAGACCAGCCCUGCUUCGUGCAGGCCGCUCGCCAAACACACAACAGGUUGAGCAAAGCAAUUGAGAAUCUCCAGCAUUUCACUUUGGCUGCUGAUCCGUCCUUCAGACACUUCCAGCUGGAUGUUUCCAAAGAGCUCAAACUCCUGACUGAGCUCAACUUCAUCCAAGCUCCUCUGGCUCCUGUCAUCGACACCCAGCGCUCUCUGGCGUACGACCAGCUCUUCCUGUGCUGGCGGCUGCCUCAGGAGUCGGCGCCCGCCUGGCAUUUUUCCGUGGAGUAUCGCCGCCGAGGCGUGGUGCCUGGAGGAGCUUCAAGGGGUGGGAUCAGAGGAGGCCUCGCUGCCGCCAGAUGGGGCUGGCAGCGGCUGGAUGAAGUGAGCGGAACCAGCGCCGUGAUCGACAGGCUGGAGAUGGACAGCGUGUACGUCCUGCGCGUGAGGGGCUGCAACAAGGCAGGAUACGGGGAGUACAGCGAGGAGGUGUACCUGCACACCCCACCUGCACCAGUGCUUAAUUUCUACCUUGACUCUCGUUGGGGUCUCCAUGCUGACCGACUGGUGGUCAGCAAAGAGCAGCGUGGGGCUCGAAGCGUCCCUGGUCUCUCCCUCCUGCAGGCCGCCGACCACGCCCUCACCUCUUGCCACCUCACGUCGGACCUCCUGGUGGGGGAUGUUGCCAUCACACAAGGAAGACACUACUGGGCAUGCUCAGUGGAGCCUGGAUCCUACCUUGUAAAGGUUGGAGUCGGGCUGGAGUCCAAACUGCAGGAGUGGUUUCACCUCCCACAGGACAUGGCCAGUCCUCGCUACGACCCAGACAGCGGCCAUGACAGUGGAGCAGAGGACGCGCUGGACUCUGUGCCGCCCUUCUGCUUCCUCACCAUGGGCAUGGGUAAGAUAUACCUGCCCCAGCACAGCUACCACCACCACAACAACCACGGGGGCAACAAUCGAGACCCGCUCACCAACAACAACGUCCCCUCGGGCCUCACCUACCCGCUGCCCCCUCGACUCGGCUUGUGCCUUGACUUUGAGAAAGGGCGUGUCACGUUCUACGACGCCCACUCCCUGCGGCCCCUGUGGGAGGGUCACGUCGACUGCUCCGGCCCCGUCUGCCCCGCUUUCUGCUUCAUCGGCGGAGGCGCCCUGCAGCUGCAAGAGCUGGUGGCCAAUCGCAAUGCAGACCAGACGCCGGUCAGGAGGGUGACCAUCCAACCGCGCGUCACCAAUUUAAACAACAACAACUGAUCCCCGAUCGGCCGGUAAUCUGGAAUGUAUUUGGCAAGUAUUUACUCAGCUACAGCAAAAAGGUAGACAUCUCAGCGAUUUCUUUGUUUUGUAUUCCAUUUUAUUUAAGAAAAACAAGAUGUUUCUAUAGCAACAAAUAUGCAAUGUAAUUAUGUUUCUUACAUUUUGUUACAUGCAGUUUUGCAACAGUUAUUGCUUAAGUGGUGUCUGGUGAAUCCGGCACUCGGUAUGUAAUUAUAUAUAUUUAGUGCUUGCACUUGUAGCCAGGCUAUGUUGCAUUUACAGCUAUAAAGCUUAUGUAAAAAAAAGAAGAAAAAGCUUAACACAGUUUUCUCUCUAUAAUGUACAGGCUUUUCUUAUGUAUGUCUUUAAUGUCUGCCUUUCUUUCAUAUACAGUGCCCUCCUGACUUAUUGCCACCUCUGGAAAGGCUGAAUGAAACACCUUCAAAUAUUUCCAUCUCUAUAGCAGAAAUUCAGGGGAAAAUACAACCUUUAAUUUGAGUGUAAUUACCCUUAACAAAAUGAUAAACAAUUAUUGGUAAUCAUGUAGUCAAUACUUUGUACAACAACCUUUUUAUAAAUGGGUGGCAUUAAAGAGAGGUUUAAAGGAUGCACAGUGAGUUGAGCCUUAAAGUUUUCGAUUGCCUAUUUGCAUGUUCAGUCAAUGGGCAAUUAGCGCCCCCUGCUGACUGCUGAGUGCAUAGGCACUAUUGUGUGUGCUUUGUUUGGGGCAGCAGUGCAUUUUAUCCUGCACUAAAUGAAGGAAAUUAUCCAAUAUCAGGGUAAAAAUGGGAUAUUUGACCGUUCCUCUUUGCUCGUUAAAUCCUCCAAAGUUUUGGACCCACCUUUAUAAUUUAAUCUAUUCGGCUCAUCUCACUGAAUCAUUUUUGUGAGAUUCAAAUCAUUUCUGUGUUGAUUUGGUGACAUGCUUUGGAUCACAAUUGAGAUUAAAGCCCCAGUGAUGACCAAUUUGUAAAGUUUCUCAUAGUUGUCACCAUGUUUAUUUCAAAUCUACCGACAUUUUAAUUAGUUAAUGGUGAUUUGCAUGCUGACAAUGUUUCUUCAGCCUUUGGUAAAGACAUAAUCUCACAGCCUUACAAGUUCUGCACCAUAUGUAACAGCAUCUGAAUCAAGGCACAAAAACAAAUCAAGCAUAUUCAACAAACUAAUUAACUAAUGUGAGUCGAGUAAAAACUAGACUUUAAUUAUUAUGAUUUUCGCUUUCUAUUGGAUUAAGAUACUCAAAUUAAAGGUUGGAUUUUUCUGAGAUGUUCAGUGUAAGAUUAAGCUUAAAAUGGAUUUAUUUUAAGGCUUUUCACACAUAAUUUGUCAGAGAUGACAAUAAAUGUGAGAGGCGCAGUGUAAGUGCAUUACAGAAAAAAGUCUACAAGAUUUUAUUGCUUCUAUAAGUAAAUAUGUUUCUGUUAGCCAUUUGACCUCAGCCAAAGUUAUUGUUUUAUGGGAUGUAAAUGUGCUAAAUUAGAGGUACGGAGUAACAAUGAGGCUCUAUGGCAAUUAGAGGCUCCAAUUAUACCUCCGGUACACAGCAAAUCACUAGUUCUCACAGUUUUGUUUGUGCAUUGGCGUUUCGUAUUUCAAACACGAGUCUGAUGUUGGAGCGAGUGUGUAGGAGAGUCCUACAAUAACGGGCUGACAGUAUAUGCUAUUUUUUAUUAUUUUUUUUUGCUUGAUUGUAAAAGAAUGAGCAACACGUAUGAAGAAAAGAGUAGCAGAUUAAUUCAGAGUAAACUUCACCUAUUGAGAGUGUUUGUUAAAGUAUAACAAAGGAAAUAAUCACGGAAUAAAGUGAAAUGGUUUAAAUGA